AUGAUAUGGAGAGCUGCAGGCUUUCAAACUUCCCAAUUAUGUGACAAUGGAAUACCACCGGAAGAGAAGUUGCGUAUCAUCUUUCAAAUGCAUAAUGAUUCAAGGGUGGAUCGAGUUACAAGAUUUAUGCCCUUUUGGUUAAUGUGGAGAAUAUGGAAGAGCGGAAACGACCUAGUCUUUAACCACACGCGAACAAAAUUCCAAACUACAGUGGAGAUGGCUCUCAAUGACACCAAGGAAUGGUUGGACAAUACAAUGACAAACGAGCAGCAAAAUGGGAACAGGAAUGCAGAUCCGUCUCGUAAUACCAAGUGGUCGCCGCCGGGAAGAGACAAAUUAAAAUGCAACUAUGAUGCAUCGCACCAUGAAAGAAACACAGUUUCAGGACUUGGUUGGAUCCUUCGGAACUCUCAAGGUACUGUGAUCGAGUGUGGUAUGGGGAAAUUUCAAGGUCGUAUGACGACGGAGGAGGCAGAGUGUUCAACACUUAUUUGGGCUAUACAAGCUUCCUAUGGCUUCGGGCAUAAGAAGGUUAUUUUUGAGGGAGAUAACCAAACCAUCACCCGAAUGAUAAACACAAAGUCAUCUAAUCCAAGGCUACAACACUUUCUCGAUACCAUCCAAAGUUGGAUACCAAGUUUUGAAUCGAUAGAAUUCUCUUUCAAACAUCGAGAACAGAACGGAUGUGCGGAUUUCUUAGCCAAACAAGCCAUCAAAGAGAAUACCCAAUGGUCUCUGUUUCAUUCUUGUCCUUAUUUUCUGAGUCCAUAUGUAAACAACGAUUACUCUUAAGUUCUAAAUAAAGUUAUAAGUUG